AUGAUGGACGUCCGGCGGGCGACGCGAGCAACGCCGACGGCGCACUUGUCGCACGCGAUCCUCCUCGAGCGUCUCCGGUCGACGCUGCUGCAAGCGCUCUCGUCAUGGGCACCCGAGCACGGGCUCUUCGUGCUCGAGACCUUACUGCGGAGCUACUGCGGGCUCCUCGGUCGCGCCAGUCUCCAGCUCCACGAGACCGAGGCCACCGCGCUCCUCACCGUGAUCGCACGGGCGCUUCCAGGGCUGCGAUCGCCGCGCGGCACGGCAGUGGUCCCCGUCGCCUUUGCGACGCUCGUGCUCGCGUGUCUCUCCAAGCUCGGGUCGCCGGACGAUGUGCCGUUCAUGCAGGAAGCGCGCCACGGCAUCAAGGCGCUCUACGACGCCGACCGCGCGGCCUCCGGUCCGGCCUUUAUGAUGAUGGCCCUGCUGCUCUACACCAAGCCCAGCAUGGUCGUGGACCUCCUGCGCAACGUCAUCGACUGCGCAGUCGUCGUGCCCGUGGAGCGCAUCCCACUCUUUGGCGAGUAUGUACUCAAACUCGACUUUACCGAAGCGGUCAUGGUCCACGGGCUCUUGGCGACCGCGACUCCGCCAACGAUUGACGCGAGCACGCACAACGUGCUGCAUGAAAUGGCGCUGCGCGUGACGUACUCGCUCCUCUGCGAGCGGUCGUUCGUCCGGCACAAGGCCAACCCUGGCGACUGGCUCUGGCUCCAAGUGCAAGCGGCGACGCUGCCUCUGCACCCGAUCCUGCCCAACCUCAUGCUCGAGUGGGCCGAGAACACGGUCGCGAGCGUCGACGUGAACUCGCAGCAGGCGCACAUCCCGAGCCUCCGCGCGCCGCUGGUCCACAACGCGAUCCUCGCCGUCGCGUCCCUCGACGUGUCGACGCACCCCAAGGCGUGGGCCCGCGCGGCGCUGCUCUCGGUCUACGCGCUGCACAUGAACCGCCGCAGUCCGACCAAGCACGCGUACGAGACGCACACGCUGCCCCUGCAGCGCAUCUUCUCGGUGACGGCGGCCGCGUCACGGGCCGGCGACGCGUUCGAGUUUGUGUUUCCGCUGCUGCUGCGCCUCGUGCUCGACGACUUUGCCCACGCGCUGCUGCCGGCGCCGACGCACAGCGAAUUUUAUACGACGUCGGACGUGAGUCGGCCGAUCCCAGAGGCGUGGCGCACCAUCGACGGCGUCCAGCGUCGCAUGCCCGAGGUCCGCGAAGCUCUGGCCGACUUGCGUGACGCGUCGGGCGCUGUCCUCUCGCCUCUCGCCCAUUGGCUCGUCUCGGUGGUUCUCCCCGCGGCCAUGGGCGCGUCACUGCCGUCCACUUCGGCCAACCCGUUCGCCCCAAUCGCCGACGCUCCGUCGUCGACGCGGACGGCCGUUGCUCACGCCGAAGUGUGCAACCUUCGCGACAGCCGCAACGGCCAUGAGCGCCGGGCUCACAAGGUCGUCGCUCGCUUUCGCCAUGGUCACGCCAAAUGA